ACAGACAGGCUGAGGGAGAAAGGGGGGCUCAGAGUGCAGAAGCGAUUUCUGCAGGCCCUUUGCAAGGUGGGGCUCAGGUGUACCUUACCAGUGAGUUCAGAUAUCUAAGGUUGUAACCCUGGGCCCAGAAUUCUCUGCCACUUUAUUUUAAUGAUUAUGUUUAGGAGCAAAGGCUACACUUAAUUUUUCAGACUUUGGAAUUUUAUUUUACUAAGCACUGGGGGAGCGGUGAGGAGGAGGGUCGUUGGAGAACAUAUCUAUAUCUAUAUCUAUGUAUCUUCACUUGAUGUAAUUUACAUAACUUCCAAUUUUACGUAUUUGACCCUUUUUACCCCAUCUACCUCCGCUCCCCCCACCCCCUGGUAACCACUAGUCUAGUGUCCAUGUCUAUGAGUCUCCCCGCAGAACUUUCUGAUACCCAGAGGUGCUCCCUAAUAUGGCAAAGGACCGGCUUCUGAGUCGAUUGGUCGGUCUUUUAUUUGAGAUUGGAAUGCAGUUUUCGAGCAGGGUUGGUCCCAAGACACCCGUGUUUUUCAUAACAGGUGACCUGUUAUUGUGACUGUACCUGCCUGAAUCCUGGAGGCAGGUGGGGACAGAGGCCACCAGGCCAGCACUGGCUCUUCUUUCCACUUCCUCCUUUAUAAAAGUUUUCGUACACAGAGUCGAAAGACUCAUCGUUCUGCAGUGUAGCCUCCUGUGCCUGCCUCCAGCCGGCGCACCUGUCUCUGCCGAUUCUCCUGCUGCAGGAUAACGUAAUUCUGAUUAGCUCAGUAGUCAGUGUUUAGCGUCAUGACUACGUGAAAGCUACUCACCCAAGAGCCCUGUAGUAACCUAUAAUUUCUUUUCCUUUUACGCCCAACUUUUUUCUCCUUUGGAAUUUUCGUCUUUUUUUUUUUCCCAUUUAGUUUCUAUCACCAGCUCAGUCCAACGCUCUGCUUGCUGUCUGAAUCUUCCCCACAUGUUCAGACCCUGUGUCUUCUCAACGAGAUCGCUUUUUGUCGUAUAUGCUGUCCGUGCCUCAUUGCGUCUCCUUGGCACCUAGCGUUUUUCCCGACUUCCAGCUGUCCCACUGUGACCCACCUUGGAGGGCUUUGUCUGGUCACCGGAGCCCACUCUGCCUGUACACAGGACAGGUCUGGCGGCCUUUCCCGUCCCUCUGGAGCAGCCUCCAACCCAUGCUAGAUGGACGCGUUGGAAAAACCACACUGAUCCAGAAAGCCAGCGCGGCUCUCCAGUCCUCUGGCGUGCCCGUCGCUGGAUUUUACACGGAAGAGGUCAGACAGGGCGGAAGAAGAAUAGGAUUCGACGUCGUCACCCUGUCCGGCCUGCGGGGACCUUUAUCUCGAGUUGGGCCGGAGCCUCCGCCGGGAGGACGGGGCUGCCGCGUGGGCCAGUACGUGGUGGAUCUGACGUCCUUCGAGCAGCUGGCGCUUCCGGCGUUGAGCGACGUGAGUGUGUGGCUUCUGCCGCUGAGCCCACCCGUCCUCGGUGCGGCGUGGGAACAGCUGGCCUGCGGCGGAGCAGCCUUUGCUUUGAAGGGGAGGUCGGGUUUGCAUCUUAGAGUUUAGGAGUCUGCGAGUGACGGAGCCUUAACAAGGAUACGCAGCGCAGUUUGCUGGCACUCUGAGCUACAGGUGACUUCCUCGUCACGUAAAUUCAGCACAUGUGGCUUAAAUAUCGCUGCCCAGCUACCCACGUCCCCAAAGAUAAGUCUUCCUGUUCUUUCCCCUCGUUUAUAUCUCGAUCCAGUUUCCACAACACAGCAAGUACGUAUUUAGGGAAACGUCAUUAUGUGAACAUAAUGGUAAGCACCUAAAACAUCAGUGCAUCACCUGUUAGUUUUUAAAAACAGCUUAUUGAGUUAUAAUUCGCAUACCAUACAGUUCACCCAUUUAAACUGUAGAAUUCCGUUUUUGCGGUAUAUUCACGGGAUCGCGCUCCCAGUCGUCAUCCUCCGAUUUUAGAGCAUUUUCGUCUCCCCCAGAGAAACAUACCCGUCAGCACUGCUUCCUCAUUCCCGUCCCCCACGCCCGCCUCAGUCCCCGACAGCCACCGCCCUGCUUUCCCUGCCCGUCGAUGUGCCCGUUCUGGACGUUCUCUGAGCAGGGAGUCACCCAGCGCGUGGUCUUUUGUGACGAGCCCGUUUCCCGUAGCAUGCUGUUCUCGGGGCGCAUCCGUAUCGGGGCGCGCAUCAGAAC